GUCAGUUUAACCAUAAGAAAUUGAAAAUUAUUUGCCUGAAAUUUUCUUUCCCUGGCAGAUGCUCCAUGGGGAUCUGGGGGGACAUAGCCAAAUUUUCUCGGUACCUUACACCGCUGGGAAGCGCAAUGGGAGGGGAAUGCAUAAUUAAUCAGCGCGUAUUCGAGCGGUGAUUGGUUCUACUUCUGUGACGUCACUCUCUAUUCUGGAGUUCGUUCAUAAAGCAGGAAUAAUUUUUAUCCCCAUCCAAAACUUGUAAACAGGUCGAGAAACAUGAAAGUUAUUUUGUGAAAUAUCAAGAAAAAGAAAUAUUAUUAUUUACUUGUAACCUGUGAGAUGGAGGACUCUGAACAGCAAGAUUUAUCAUGUUCUCAAAAGGCGACGAUAAAAACGGAACCUAAACCCCGGGAUCCGAUCCGAGAUAUCCUGGACAGUCUUUGCAAUCAACCAUCACAUCCGGACAAAAACGGAGAAAGUUCUAUGGCGCUAGUUACUUCAAAUGUCGGUCUGGACACGAGCGCUUUCACACCAGUUAUGAAGUUUCAAAGCCCUGUUCACCGACAGGAUAUGCUGAAAUCCUACAUACCACCAUCGGACCCAUUAAAAAUGAAUUUCACAGACUGGUAUUCGCAACAUCUUAGACAAUCUGUGUAUAAUCAGAAUUUUCAUCAGAAUUUUCGUCAGUACCCAUAUCUUCUGAAUUCUGUGCAUCAACCAAAUAACCCUUUUAUUGGGUAUUUCAGUGACGUAUCUUCCUGGCUCAGCAAAGGAACAGAUCUUAAUGCCUUCAGUCUUUGUAAUUUAAACAAGUGCUCAACUCUGUCCAUACCUACUUCACCGAGGUACCAGUGCGACCAUUGCAAGAAAAGUUACUCAACUUUUGGUGGCCUGUCAAAACACAAGCAGUUCCAUUGCACCACUCAAGUCAAAAAAGAUUUCAGUUGUAAAUUUUGCGGCAAGACUUAUGGCUCUUUGGGGGCAUUAAAAAUGCACAUUAGAACUCAUACACUACCAUGUAAAUGUAAACUAUGUGGCAAAGCGUUUUCACGACCCUGGCUAUUACAAGGCCACAUGCGCACGCAUACGGGCGAAAAACCGUUUUCCUGUGCUCACUGUGGUCGAGCGUUUGCCGAUAGAUCGAACCUUCGAGCACACCUUCAGACUCAUUCAGACGUCAAAAAGUACGGAUGCAAGUCAUGCAAGAAAACGUUUUCGCGCAUGUCACUUUUGGCAAAGCAUCGGGAAGGACGAGUUUGUCAACUUCCGGUUCAGUGAAA